GUUAAGCCAAAAAAAGUGUACGUAUAUAAAUAAGAACCGUUCCCGCAAUUGUCGCCUGUGUGUAAUUUCCCUCCAUUUGGUUCCACUCCCUCUGUUUUCCAUUUCGGCUGUUCCUUUUUAGUUCUUCCUCAUUCAUUCUGGAAUCUGGAACGAUUGAUUUCAUUCGAUUCUCUUGCUAUCAACAAUUUAUCGUUCCCCCGAAAGUUCUUCAGCAUCCUUUCGGCUCAAUUUUUCUCUGUUUUGUGCAUUCUUAAUCCAGGUGCUGAAGCUUGAUGAUUUUGUAACUGAUUGCGUUCGGUGUGCUUUUCGAUACUGCCUUGGUCUUGAAUGACUGUUUCUAAGGCCUAAGUUUCUAUGUCUGUUUUCACAUCAUGAUGACAGCAAGAAUAUAUUCUUUCAUUAACCAAGAUUCUAGAACUAGUCUUCCAAAUUGACAAGGUUGAAAACAUUGUUGCAAUGAAAUGAGUGGACUAUUGCACCGUUUUACUCUAUAUCUAAUGAGAGAAAUUUUUAGGGCUUCCAUAAGCUAUAAAAUUGAUUGGACAAAAAUAUGUUUUGUUGGCGCCAUUUUGACCGUUGGUGGCAUUUCACUUCAAAUGUUGAUACUUCCUUACUCAUUGCACACAUGGUACAUUUAUCGGCCAGCUACAGUUACAUUAUAUGAAUCCAUGAAGGAAACCAUGCAGUUGAAUGAGACCCACAAGAAUAGCACAGAAAGGGUCCAACUGAUACCAACUAACUCUGUUGUCUCGCAUAAUGCUUCCGAUCAAGUGAUUCAAUUGGCUUCGGUGAAUCAAGAGAGAGACAAAACUUCUAAGAGUAGAAAAUCAUCUAAAAGAAGGAAGCAUGCCAAAGUAAAAGAGAAGCCAAUUAUUGUUACUCCUCCCCCACCCAGGAGACCGCCCACUGCGUUGGAGAGGCAUGUUUGGUCCUUAAAGCCUGUGGAAGCACUUGCUUAUGCAAAAGAAGAGAUGAAACAUGCUCCAACAGUAAUAGAUGAUGCUGAUCUGUAUGCCCCUUUGUUCUUGAAUAUAUCUAUUUUCAAAAGGAGUUAUGAACUGAUGGAAUUGAUACUCAAAGUCUACAUUUACCGAGAUGGAUCCAGACCUAUCUUUCAUACUCCCCAUCUGAGAGGAAUUUAUGCUUCUGAAGGGUGGUUUAUGAAGUUGAUGGAGGAAAACAGGCAGUUCGUCACCAAGGACCCAGAAAAGGCCCACUUAUUUUAUCUUGCAUAUAGUGCACGCCAGCUGCAGACGGCUCUUUAUGUGCCUAAUUCUCAUAACAUGAAACCAUUGUCAAUAUACCUGAGGAACCAUGUGAAUUGGCUUGCUGGAAAGUAUCCAUUUUGGAACCGUACGCAUGGCUCUGAUCAUUUCCUUGUCGCUUGCCAUGACUGGGGCCCGUACACUGUUAAUGAACAUAGAGAACUUAGCCAAAACACCAUAAAAGCUUUAUGUAAUGCUGAUGUAUCAGAAGGGGUCUUUAAACUUGGGAAGGAUGUUUCAUUGCCAGAAACUACAAUAAGGACACCUCGGAAACCUCUUAGGAAUGUUGGUGGGAAAAGGGUAUCACAGCGUCCAAUUCUUGCUUUCUUUGCUGGGAACAUGCAUGGGAGAGUCCGUCCAACACUUCUGAGGCAUUGGAAGGACAAAGAUGAUGAUAUCAGAGUCUAUGGACCUUUGCCACAGAGAAUUUCCCGUAAGAUGUCAUACAUUCAACAUAUGAAGUCAAGCAAAUACUGCAUCUGCCCAAUGGGAUAUGAAGUGAACAGCCCAAGGAUAAUUGAAUCCAUUUAUUAUGAAUGUGUCCCAGUAAUCAUUGCUGAUAAUUUUGUGCUUCCCUUUAGUGAGUUUCUCGAUUGGAGUGCAUUCGCUGUGGUUGUUGCUGAAAAGGAUAUUCCCAAGCUGAAGGAGAUUCUAACGGCUAUCCCACUGAGGAGAUAUCUUGCUAUGCAGAUAAAUGUGAAAAUGGUUCAGAAACACUUUCUUUGGAACCCAAAACCCCUUAAAUAUGAUUUGUUCCACAUGGUUCUGCACUCAAUUUGGUUUAGUAGACUAAAUCGGUUUCAAAUCCCAGGGACAUAAUAUCUCUUUUACCUGAUUUAAAUGAAGAACCGAGCAGAAUCGAAGUCUUAACAGAGCUGAGAGGUUUACGUCAUCUUGAUAAUAGACACAAUCACCUAAGAACAAGAAUGGCACUUGGGAAUCAUCAAGCAGCAUUCAGGGAAUGCAAGGAUAAGAGGGCUUUGCUGCUGGAUAUGUAAAUACUGCAGCACAGUGUAUACACUAAUGC